CGCGCCGAAGCAGACGCCAUGGGAACCGGCGCGUCAGCGGGAUGCACGGUGAGUAUCAAGGCGGCCUCUGAUGAGGAAUUGAAAAAACUUCUGAAGGAGAUGCCCGAGGAGGCGCGCGCCAAAUUGGGCCGCUGCCUCGCAGACGCAGCCGCGGCCAAGGCAGCCCCGAUGGCGCAGGAGAUGCAGUGCUCCGUGCGUGGAAGGCGCAAGGCGGCCCACCAGAAGCACCCGAAGAGGGCCCAGGCUCCGAAGGCCGUCGACUUCGGCAACUCCGAUGCCGGGAAGUGGACGUUCACGAGCAUCGAGUACGACGGCGGAUACGGCAUCAUCGGGGGGACGCCGGUGACCGUCGAGAAGACGGGGCCGAUCAAGGAGGGCAUGGAGCUGCUCAAGUCGAACCCGCAGAAGUACCUCGCGCUGAUGCACCAGACGAACAUGCUCGAGUGGCCCGGCGACCAGCAGCAGUACACGCUCGUGGAGCGCAGGAAGCAGCGUCUUGUCGUGACGCCCACGGCGGGCGGCGGCUUCACCUACGUCGAGGGCAAGUACCAGUGCCUGCCGGACGUGAAGGUGCACCCCGACCAGUACACGGAUAGCCUGGCGUACCAGGGCCAGAAAUGCUCCGGCGGCAAGCAGCCGGGCCGCGGGCAGGGCGUCGCGGACGUGCCGACCCUGAACGUCAUCAGGGACGUGGACCCGAACGACGUGCUGCAGGGCAGCGUGGGCGACUGCUGGCUCCUCUCGGCCAUGUCUGCCCUGGCGGAGUUCGGCGGCGGCGUCAAGACGCUCUUCCGGAAGACGCCUGGCAUCGAGAACAUGCCGGGCGAGGGCGAGAACAAGUACAUCGUGACGUUGUACGACCUCAAGACGUGGAAGCCCGUCGACAUCGAGAUCGAUGAGCGCCUGGCAGGAAACACCAGCGGCAACGGACUGCAGGGCUGCGCCCCGAGCCACUCCGGAGAUCUGUGGGCGCCCUACGUCGAGAAGGCAGUCGCCAUCCACUGCGGCGGCUGGGACAAGAUCGAUGGGGGACAGUGCACGCACGCCUGGCGCAUGCUCACAGGCUGCAAGGAACAGUACACGUUCAUGCCCGACGCCUCGGGCAUGUACGGCUGCUUCGGCGCCUGGAACCCGAACGAGAACCGGUACGAGGAGCUCGCCAACUCGCCUCACGAGGGGUUCCGCGGCCUGUGGCCGAUGGCGUGGCCCGAGGUUGGCGGGGGCGGCGACCUCAUGCUGAAGAUCACCACGGAUCAGCUGUUCGAGCGGAUGUGCGCGUGGGACGACGAGAAUUUCAUCAUGGGCGCCGGCACCAAGGCCGGCUCCGACACCCAGGACACUGACGGCAUCGUGGACGGCCACGCCUACACGAUCAUCGACUGCGUCGACAACGCUGGCGGGACGGAGUUCGAUCUGAUCAAGGUGCGCAACCCUUGGGGCCAGGGCGAGUUCAAGUCGGGCAUGUGGGACGACGAUGGCCCUGGCUGGUCCCAGUACCCGCAGGUCAAGGAGGCGCUGAAACCAGUUGCGGCCGACGACGGGAUCUUCUGGGUGGACAAGGAGGAGUUCUUCAAGUACUUCAAGACGAUCUAUCUGUGUGCGAAGAACAUGACUCAGUUCAUCGAGAGCUGA